GCCGCCGCGAACGCGCAUGGAGGGGCGCGCGAGCCCACUGGGCGAGCCCCGCGCCCGGCCCGCGGGGGCCGUGCUGUACCGAGGCCCCGUGGAGCCGCUCGUCUUCCUUGCCAACUUCGCCUUGGUCCUGCAGGGCCCGCUCACCACGCAGUACCUGUGGCACCGCUUCAGUGCCGACCUUGGUUACAAUGGCACCCGCGACAGGGGCAACUGUGGCAACCACAGCGGGGACCCCAUCAUGCAGGAAGUGGAGACCCUUACCUCCCACUGGACCCUCUACACGAACGUGGGCGGCUUCCUGGUGGGGCUCUUCUCGUCCACCCUGCUGGGCGCCUGGAGUGACUGUGUGGGCCGCCGCCCGCUGCUGGUGCUGGCCUCGUUUGGCCUGCUGCUCCAGGCCUUGGUGUCCAUCUUUGUGGUGCAGCUUCAGCUUCACGUCGGCUACUUCGUUCUGGGCCGCAUCCUUUGUGCUCUUCUCGGUGACUUCAGUGGCCUUCUGGCUGCUGGCUUUGCCUCUGUGGCAGAUGUCAGCUCCAACCGCAACCGCACCAUCCGAAUGGCCCUGCUGGAAGCAUGCAUCGGGGUGGCAGGGAUGCUGGCCAGCCUCCUUGGGGGCCACUGGCUCCGGGCCCAGGGUUAUGCCAACCCGUUCUGGCUGGCCUUGGCCUUGCUGAUAGCCAUGACUCUCUACGCAGCAUUCUGCUUUGGUGAGACGGUGAAGGAGCCGACACGUGCUCGGCUCUUCACGCUCCGUCACCACCGAUCCAUUGUCCAGCUCUACGUGACUCCAGCCCCGGAGAAGUCCAGGAAACAUUUAGCCCUGUACUCAUUGGCCAUCUUCGUGGUGAUCACUGUGCACUUUGGGGCCCAGGACAUCCUGACCCUCUAUGAACUGAGCACACCCCUCUGCUGGGACUCCAGGCUGAUCGGCUAUGGUUCUGCGGCUCAGCACCUCCCGUACCUCACCAGCCUGCUGGUCCUGCGGCUUCUGCAGUACUGCCUGGCUGACACCUGGGUGGCUGAGAUCGGCCUGGCCUUCAACAUCCUGGGGAUGGUGGUCUUUGCAUUUGCUACCAUCACACCCCUCAUGUUCACAGGGUACGGGCUGCUCUUCUUGUCGUUAGUCACCACACCUGUCAUCCGGGCCAAGCUCUCUAAGAUGGUGCUCCACUCAGAGCAUGGUGCUCUCUUUUCUGCUGUGGCCUGUGUGAAUGCAUUGGCCAUGCUGACGGCCUCUGGCAUCUUCAACUCGCUCUACCCAGCCACUCUGAACUUCAUGAAGGGCUUCCCCUUCCUCCUGGGAGCUGCCCUCCUCUUCAUCCCAGCCAUUCUGAUUGGGAUGCUGGAAAAGGCUACUCCUCACCCUGAAUUCCAGCAGUUUCCCCAGAGCCCCUGAUCUGCCUGGGCCAGAAGACAGAGGGCAAGAGGAGCCAAGUGAGCACAACUAGCUGGAAGCAUGCAUCUAGGACCCCAGCCCACAGCAGUCUGGCAGCUCCCCUCAGAGGGCAUGGUGGUCAAGUUAGACCAAGCCCCACCUCAUCCACAGCUGCGCCAGCCUAUGACUCCAGCAUCUAGAAUUGUACCCCAGUCCCACUCCAGGGCAGGCAGUAGGGAAGCCAUUUGGAAUAGGGUCUGUUUACCCUUUAUGCCCUCAAUCACAUGGAACCCUCUGGGGGAGAGGAGAGGUCCUGAUGGAAGUGACGACUCAGGGACCACUUGAAGCAUGAGGGAUGGCAUCUCUGCUCCAGCUCAAACUGCACGGCUCACAGUGCUGAGGUCAUGGCGUGCAGCCACCAGUCACUCCUUAGUGAUGACUAUGGUACCUAUUAGGCUUUGUGGUGAGGAAGGGUUGUGGGAGGGACUUGGUGCCGUCUGGAGGGAGAGUGCUGCUGUGUCUGGGUGGCAAUCAAUCCACUGUGGCUUCACAGUGCCAACUGUAAUAAUAAAUCGGUAGAAUCACA